GAGGGCCAGACAUGUGCCCGUACGCUCAGUGGCAUCGCGUUCAUAGCUACAAGACGGCACUCGCUUCCCCUCUUCGUCUUGUUAUCCUCCCAAGCAACAUGAUAUUCUUAACAAUAACUGUUUGAGAAAGACAUUUAUGAAAAAAAAGUAUAUAAAAAAAUUACUGAAAAGGAAAAGAAACGAAACCGAUCAAAAGAACUUAUUAAGGUUAUCGAGUUUCACUAAUAGUUUACCCGAUCUGGCACUCUCAUCACGGCACUGUUGUCUGAGUAGCUCGUCUAAGUACCAAUCCCUCCCAUGUGCUCCUACACAUCUAUCUACAUCUCUGCUUGACAUCUGAGCAUCAAGUCUCUCUGUUGCACAUAUGAUCGCCACGACACGCCCCCCGUCGCCUAUCACUCACGCUCUGUGCCACACCAGUGAGCACGGAGCGUCCAUCCAUCGCCAACACUCACAAAACUCGUCAGAAUUUGAGUAUCCCUGCCAUUCCGUCUCACGCCCUCCUCGCCCUCCGGCUCCCCCGCCACAGCUCCUUCCCCUCUCACCUGGUCCGGUUUCCUUUGCAACUGUUCUGGACACCGUAAGGGAGCGGGUCGCUCCGAUGACUCUAAUGCAGGAGGCAGGGAAGGUGGCCUGCUCGGUGCCCAUCCUGGUGCGCACCGUCAAGCUGAAAAACUCGGAACAACUUUAUGAUUUCAAGUCAGUCUGGCUGGACACGCAUCGGAUCCUUAAUAAUACAAACCUGCCUGCCCCGGUGCCCCCCCUUACCCCCGGCACCACCAAGAAGAUGACCGACGCCCUGCGGUUGUCCUUCGCGUCCUGGGAGAAGGAGCGGGAGAAGCACAACAUCACCAAAGAUCCCAAGCAGUGGUCAGAGGAUAACGUGAGGCAAUGGCUGAUGUGGGCCAUCAAGGAUUUCAGUCUGGAGGGAGUGUCAGUUCAGGAGUUCCAAAUGAAGGGACGCGACCUGGUGGGGAUGGGCCGCGAUUCCUUCCUCGACCGCACGCCUCCCUUCAUGGGUGACAUCCUCUGGCAACAUUUAGAGUUCCUUCAGAAAGAUGUGGAGGAGGAAUCUGCCUCGCUGGCCCAUGUGCCCUCCACCUUACAGGAGUACAUCCCUGACUUCAAUGAAUUCUUGGAGGGAUACAGUGGCCCCAUGCCCGAGCACCGCCUCAACCCAGUGCACACCUCCAGCUCCUCGUCCUCCACACACGUCCCUCCACCACCCUCCUCGGUGCCGGUCGCCUCCCUUCCUCCACAGGCUGCCGUACCCUCCACCGCGUCCUCAUCGUCGUCGUCAGCCACCACCACUUCACCCUCCAACACAUCUUCCAGCACGCCUCACCCGCCUCCCACACAGUCGCUACAGUACCUCGACGACAACAGAAGAAGGGCGUGGAGCAGGAACGGUGGCUACCCGAGCACGGAGAGCAUGGGUGCCGUGAGCGAGCCUCCGUCAGAGGGAUCUCCUGGAGGAUAUAUACCCCCUCCUUACGCUGAUGCAGAGCCAGAACUUUACCACACCCCUCCUGACCACCAUUCAGGGGUCCACUACCUCGACCACACUGCUCCAGACUUCUAUGGGGACAAGUACCGACUCUCUUACUUCAAGUACCCGCUGCCCACGCCUACCCAUAGAUACCCUCCCCAUGAGUACAAUGAUGGUUACCCGACGUCUCACUAUGACCCGCCCUUCCAGACUGUCCCACAAGUGCCACCAGAGCCAUGGGUCACGGCCUCACAAAGUCACGAUCUAGCACUGAUCAACAAUGGAGUUGGGGCUCCAAAUCUGACUCAUUAUCUGCCUCAGCGGACAGAUGUGGCCACUCCAGACACCAAGCCACCCCCUGGCUUGCUGGGUCCCAGUCCAGCACCCAUCGCCUACCAGACAGGCACAAACGGCCCCUGCUUCACCGGCUCAGGGCCUAUACAGCUGUGGCAGUUCCUGCUUGAGCUGCUUACUGAUAGGAAACAACAGCAACAUAUCUCAUGGACGGGUGAUGGGUGGGAGUUCAAGCUAACCGACCCUGAUGAGGUGGCGCGGCUGUGGGGCCUCAGAAAGAACAAACCCAAGAUGAACUACGAGAAACUCUCGCGAGGCCUCCGCUACUACUAUGACAAAAACAUCAUUCACAAGACGGCUGGCAAGCGAUACGUGUACCGCUUCGUGUGCGAUCUCCAGUCACUCCUUGGGUACACCCCCGAGGAGCUUCACGCCAUGGUUGAUCUCAAGCCGGAAAAGAAGGACGAUGACUGAGCUCCAGUACGAGUCCAGCACCACCCUUCCCCCUCUGUGUAGGUCGGGCUGGCUGCCGGAUACCGGCCACCAGGCUCGCCUCGUUAGUGUCGCUACGUGGCACAAGUUGCCCACCGACUCACAAAAGAAAGAAAAGCGUCUGUAACAGUUUUGCCUGUGUUUGGCAUAUGUUAUUGUAAAAAUAUAGUACAUAUAUUACAAAUUAGACCUUGUUAAAUGUGUGGUUUUUUUUUGACAGUGUUUCACCGCAGUGUGAAACUAUUUUUCAUAUCUUUAUUUUUGUAAAUACAAUACGCCAUUGAUGUCGGGCAUUUAGAAUAGAGCGUACGUGUGCAUAGUGAGAGUUAAGGGGCGGCAAAGGCGACACCACUGUCUCGGCCCCACUUUCGCCCGGUAGGCGUCAUGUAAUCAGCCAAUUGUACCUGUACUUGUUUUCUGCACAAGACCCGACUGUAUAAUUAAACUUAAUGUUAGCUAUGGAGUAGUGAGUGAUUUAUGGAGAUAACUGGAGUGCUUUCAAAACUACAAGUGCUAUGAUUUAGUGUCAAAACCAAAAAUUGUCACAGAUUGGAGUGGCCAGUUUUGCAUUACUUUUGUAUGAGUGAAGUGUUGUAACCCUUAGUCUGUUGUCCCACCUUCGAGAGGCUUUCCAAAGACGGCGGCCGGGAGGGGAAACCAGCUGGAGGAAACGGCGGCGAAGGUCUUGCAGCAGUCUCUUGUCUUGGGCUCGGGACAUGACUUUCCUCGAUGGCGGAGACUCAUCGUGCCUUUAGGGCUGCAAUCAGAGGGAGAACUGUCCGAGCCUCGCCCAGCGCUUCUCCACCCCGCCAAACCCGUACCUGCAUCCCGCACACCCGCCACUCACCUGGCGAGGCGGGUCUUGGAAGAGGAUGUGAUGAUGAUGUCAAAAAAUAACUCCAGGUCACAAUUACUGACUGUGAUGUAUAAACAAAACGUGUUACAUUAAAGUCACUAUUCUGAUAUUGUUUUCAGUGUUUGAAAUGCUACAUACGUAGGUUAUAUUGUUACCUCUGCAUUAGCUGUGACUGGAGGUAAUGAUGUACAGUUAUUGUUUGUGAUAGUUUGUUGAGCCUAUUGAUCGUUGGAGUUUAUCCCUGAAAUGUGACAAUCAAAUUGCAUUUAUUCUUCCAUGCACAUCCUUAUAUGGCUACGUAGCUCCCGCUCAAUGAGCGGCGCCGCAGGACCGGAACCCUUCUCGUGGCCGCCACCCUCGGCUGCUCAUGAACCGUGGAGACGUGAACUUGUACCCCUGAUAAAUCAACAAAAGAUAUGUGGUCAAGACUUUGAUGCCAUGUACAUCAGACCAUUAGAUUGUGUCUUCCCAGACAUACAAACUUUGUCUUCCCAAAAAUUAAGGAAUAGCAGAAUAACUUCAGUCUUCCUGGACAUUGGCAUUCAGAGUUCCGUUUUAUAGUACCUAAGAUUAUAGUGAACUUUUUUGCUGUAGUAGACAUCUGGGACUUAAAUAUCUCUUAGUAUGGAGGACUAGACUUCACCCAGCCAAUUCUACGAGAGGAGACUUGCCGUUAUCCCUGGACGUGGGAGCUGCACUGUCCCUCAGUUCCCUUCCGCCAGACUGGAACCGUCCCACCUGCCUCAGACACAUGUGCCAAGUCCACUCUGGAUGCCACUCAGCCAUUUGUACUUUUGAGCAACUGGCAAUCUGAUAUACUUUCCUUGAGUGGCACUUAAAAUCUGACUGUCAGCAUUUAACUGGUGUGUGUGUGUGUGUGUGUGUGUGUGUGUGUGUGUGUGUGUGUAUAUAUAUAUAUAUAUAUAUAUAUAUAUAUAUAUAUAUAUAUAUAUAUAUAUAUAUAUAUAUAUAUAUAUAUAUAUAUAUAUAUAUCAAGUGGCAUUUUAUAAAGACGAAUGAUCUGUGUUUACUCCAGUUUAUUAGGAUGAAUUAUAAACAUAUAAUGUCAGUAAUCAGAAUGGGGUGUGACGCCAGAGGAUUGUUAUUGUUGGCCGCAUGUGCAAGCCUCCUUCGGUGACCCUCAGGCCUAACCUUCCUCAGUCCCAUCCUGAUUACGACUUUUUUUUUUUCAUGUGCAAGAAAGUGUCCAGUGGUUUAGAUUCUUCAUCUCUGCCUGAGGUUAUGUUAUAUGUAUAUAGGUGUACAGACCCGGACCGCAUCGCGGUGAAAAGUCUCGCGCAAGGCUGGUGUGAAAAGUCCUCCAAGAAAUGGACGCAGCGGUCCAGGACAUCGCUUCGUUCCGCGCCCCUGCCCAAUCCAAUGCCAACGACCUCGCUCUUGCGAGGAAACACCAAUGUGUGUGUGUGUGUGUGUGUGUGUGUGUGUGUGUGUGUGUGUGUGUGUGUGUGUGUGUGUGUGUACACACAGGGACAGAGUACUCGUACUUGGUGAGGGCAGGAGGGAGACAGUGUGGGUGUGCUCAGACCGUUCAGCUGAGGCGACUGGUGAUAAUAACUUGUUUUGUUCUUCUUUAAAAGAAAACUGCCUUUAUAGUGAACUGGCAAAGCAAGUUUCAUUUCCUCAAGUCAUCAGCUGCUGUGAUGCCGGAGUGCAUCAUUUUUAAGGCCAAAUUUUAUUAUAUUUAUUUCACUGUCUUGUUUCUUUGUACUCUGGGUUUCCUGGCAUGUAAAUAGUUUUGUUUUGUCUUUAGAUUUAGGGUUUUGAAUGAUGCGCCAAGAUGAAUGUGGUCUGACUCUUCCAAAGUAUGUAAUUAUAAUUUCAUGCUUUAAGCUCUAGGUGUAAUGCUGCUUUAUAUCUUAAGUUUAAAAGCUGUUCAUAUGAUUUUAUUUUUUUCAUUUUUUUUUCUUUUACAAAAGAAUAUUCUGGUCCUUAAUCUGAAUAUACUAUAUUACUGAUGUAGAGGAAAGUAAUUGAGAUGAUAGAGAUGUAUUUUGAAAUAUUGAAAUAAAUAACCUUGGCAAAUGAACCACGUUGGUUGUGUCAUGGAUUACUAAUGAAAGGGUUGAAUCUCUUUGUUUACCAGAGGUAUCAUUGCCGUUCAGUUACGUUCAGUUACUUUAAUUAAUAUGCUGCUGUAUAUACAGGAUGUAUAAAAAAGCUAAAAAAUAAAUGAUUGAUUUAAA